AUGUCUUCACAGGAUAAUAAGCCCGCGAAACCCUCAGGCAGCAGGCCCGGUGGCAUACGUACUCUCUCCGACCUGAACCGUCCCCCUGCUCGCGACCCCGCCAGUGAUUCCGAUGGACCCCAGGAGUACUAUACCGGCGGCGAGAAAAGUGGUAUGCUAGUCCAAGAUCCAUCGAAGGGUAAUGAUGUGAAUGCGAUCUUUGACCAAGCCCGUCAGCAAGGUGCUGUUCAAGGACCCUUGGUAAUUCAGCCAUCUGCAAGCUCUAGAAGCUUUACUGGGACCGGAAGAUUGCUCUCGGGCGAGACUGGACCAACUUCUCAACCGCAGCCUGGACCAGUUGUGCACAACGUUGUUUUCUGGAGAAAUGGUUUCACUGUUGAUGAUGGCCCUUUGAGGAGGAUGGAUGAUCCUGAAAAUGCCGCUUUUCUUGAGAGCAUCGGUAAAUCAGAGUGUCCUAAAGAGCUGGAACCUGCGGACAGGAAAUCUUCUGUUCAUGUUAAUCUCUUAAAGAGGAACGAAAACUGUCCUGAGCCAGAAACACGUCAUGUCCCAUUUCAGGGUGUCGGCAGGACUCUAGGAAGCAGCAGCAGCAGCAGCAGCUCCACAACUGAUACGGACCUCACAGAAACUGUUUCGGGCCCACUCACGAGUGCGCCUUCCUCUGCCAUGGGCCUCACGGUGGAUAAAUCAAAGCCAUCAACUUCCAUCCAGCUGAGGCUGGCGGAUGGGACCCGCAUGGUGGCCCACUUCAACCACCACCACACGAUAGCCGAUGUCCGCUCGUUCAUCAAUGCUUCCAGGCCCGGUGGGCCCAGGUCGUACCAACUGCAGGCUGUUGGAUUUCCUCCCAAGAUCCUAUCUGAUCUCACCCAGACGAUCGAGCAGGCCGGGUUGUUGAAUUCGGUGGUUAUUCAGAAGCUCUAA